AGGUCACAUGUAUAAACAGACUGUCUAAUCACAAACCGAGCGUCCAGAAUAUCGAGAACAUUUUAAUAUUUCAAUCACCUUUUGUUCAAAUUACAACGACUCAAGAAGACUAAGGUCAAUUUCAGCUGCCAAAAAUGUCACGGCCGUACCCUGCAGAUGAUUACUCAGAACACUAUGACGAAGAUGAUGAAGUGGUGACAAAGAAUGCGUGGAUCUGCAGACCCUUCAGACUCAUUGGCUUCAUCUGUCUCUGUGUGGCAGUGGCCCUCCUCAUCGUGUCCCUCAUGUCAGACAUGUGGGCCCACAGUGAGAAUGACGUCUACUCUCAGGGACUGUGGGAGAGUUGCAGGAAGGAGAUCAGAGCCGAGUUUGUCACCUCUGAUAACGGAGCCCGCAACUUUCAACGCACAGUGGUCGAGACAUGUGAGGACAUAGACCCAAGACAGCCCUGGCUCAAGUCGGUCAUAGCUCUGGUCAUAAUAACCAUAUUGGUGACUGUUCUGGCCAUAAUUGUGAUUCUGAUCAGUCUCUGUCUGAACAGCCAGGCGGCGGCUAAUAUAGCCGGAUGUCUGGCACUGGCCGCCCUGAUUUUGAUUAUUGUGGGCUUGGUGGUGUUCCUGGCUAUGUUUUCAAGGGAGUUCGAGGACAUAGACAUUAGACUGGACAGGACCAACGAGGACUACUACAUCUCUCAGGAGCGCAAGUGGUACUUCGGUUGGGGACACGGGUGUGGGUGGGCAGCCUCCAUCCUCCUCUGUGGGGCUGCCUGUCUCUUCUUACUCUGCAAGGUGCAGGACGAAAUUUACGAGGCGGAGAAGACAUACAAGCCAAACAAGAAAGCGAAACCGGCAGACAGUAAGCAUGUCGAGGGCGCCUUUUGAAACAGGCUCAAUCAAGAUAACGGGGCAAGUUAUUCGAAGAACUGAGAAUGGAAGUAUGUUCGAACUUUCAACUGAAUUUGAAAUUGAGCUGAACGAACCAAAUAAAUGAUCUGCUAUACGCCUAAUGUUUUUAUACUAGUGCUUAUUCUCGUGGAAGAAUAAUUUUUCCACUCUUUUUUUGCCGUUUUCACUCAUAUUUUUAGAAAUAUAUCUGACGUCAGGUUGUUGAAAUAUUUCACAAGUCACUUUUGAUGCAUGAAGGCUUGUAAUCAGUUUGGUUACUUCUUCUUUGUUCAGCUCAUCGUUUUUGUUUAUUUCGUCUAGAUUGAUUUAAUUGUUCUGAAGCAAAUCUGCUUUGUAAGCAAAUUGUUAGUCUAAUCUUCAGCGAUGCUUUUGCUGUUGUAAACUGUAAAAUUUCAAACAAUUUUUGUACGAAUAGUCUUGCUACAGGGACAAAUCAUGCUCACCAUACAUUUUGAAUGUUACAAAAAAAACGUUCAGAAAUGAUGUCUUAAAUACUAACAUAUCCAUUACUAGGUGUGUCUUAAUUCAGAAGCUUUGAAAUUAAAGCAAUUUUAUAAUUUGGCUUUUGCCUGAAUUUUUAGAUGUGCUAGCUUUGAAGCAUUUAUAGUUUAAUUCACAUUUUUCGUUUGUAAAUUAAAUAAUCAUUUUGAAACUAACCUACAAGAAUUCAAUUUCUUUUAUUUUAA